GAAGAAGGAGAUAAUGGCGUCAUGUUGAAAAUGUUAAUGUGCGACUUCGCUGACUUUUAACACUACAUUCUGUCUGCUGCACGACGAACUUCCAUCGCGACGCAAUAAGGGAGUUAAACGAGGAGUUCGAUAUUAACACCAAACGUCAAGAAACGUAGGUGAAUUUUAACAUGCAGCAGCUGUCAGUGUGUCAAGAAGAAAUUAUCCCUGAGAAACAUGGGAGUGGUCUUAUUGACAUGGAGAAUAUCAAAGAGGAACAAGAGAAUUUCUGGUCAAGUCCGGAGGAACAGCAAUUUCACCAGCUGGAGUCUGAUGUCAUUAAGUUACCUUUGGCUCUUGUCUCUGUCAAGAGUGAAAAUGAAGAAAAACCAGUCUUAUCACAGCUUUAUUUAAGCCAAUCUGAUGAGAACGCACAGGCAGAGCCUCCAGUGAGCAGCUCAUUUGCACACAGAACGCUUACAGCACGAGCUGAUCGAGAGGACAGUAGAAUACCACAACCAGACAGCAACUUGGACCCAUACGCGUAUACCAAAGGCAAGAAUUCAGACAUUUCUCAAACUGAGACUGACAGUUUUGACUGGUAUCAAACACUGGCAUAUUCAAAAAACAAGAGUGAAAAACCAGUUGGGUGCCUUGAGCAUGGCAAAAGAUGGAGGCAAAAUGACAAAGAGAAAAUGCACCCCAAAAGUCAUACAGGUGAGAAGCCAUUUGGCUGUUCCAAUCAGGGGGAACAGCAACUUCACCAGCUGGAGUGUGGUAUCAAAUUACCAUUGGCUCUUGUCCCUAUCAAGAGUGAAAAUGAAGAAAAACCAGUGUUAUCUCAGCUUUAUUUAAGCCAAUCUGAUGAGAACACACCGGCAGAGUCUCCAGCAUGCAGCUCAUUUGCACACAGAAUGCUGACAGCACAAGCUGAUGGAGAGGACAAUGGAAUACUUCAAACAGACAGCAACUCAGGCCCACAUACUGAAGGCAAGAAUUUAGACAUUUCUGAAACUGAGACUGAUGACAGUUUUGAAUGGUAUCCAACAAUGACAUAUUCAAAACACAAGAGUGAAAAACCAGUUGAGUGCCUUGAGCAUUGUCAGAGGAGGCAAAAUGACAAUGAUGAAAUGCACCCCACAAGUCAUACAGGUGAGAAGCCAUUUGGCUGUUCUGAGUGUGGCAAAACCUUUGGACGAAAGAGGUAUCUCAAAGCGCAUAUGAGAAUUCAUACAGGAGAGAAACCAUUUGGAUGUUCUGAGUGUGACAAAACCUUUGGACAAAAGAAUGAUCUCAAAGUGCAUAUGAGAAUUCAUACAGGAGAGAAACAAUUUGGCUGUUCCAAAUGUGGUGUAAGAUUCCGACACAAGAGUAAUCUUACCACACACAUGAACAGGCAUAAAGGAAAGAAACCAUUUGUCUGUUCAGAAUGUGGUGGAAGAUUUCGACAAAAGAGUAAUCUUAACGUACACAUGAAAAGGCAUAAAGGAAAGGUAAAAAAGGAAUAGCUUGCACCAGCUGUCAUGCUUAGUUAUCAUGUUACGGUGUAACAUGUUAUACGUCAUAGAAUCCAAUGGAUGUCGACUUU